UGUUUCGUGCCCGAGGGAUGUUGACCUGUGGGGAGGCUGCUGGCCGGACACGCCCGCCGGAACCGUUGCAAACAUAACGUGUCCGCCGAUUCCUUCCUUCAACACUGAAGGGCAUGCGCAUUUGGAGUGCACCAUGAACGGUUCGUGGUCGAUUGACACAGACACGGGCAACAAAUUGGUCAACUACACAGACUGCUUGUCGGAAACAGAUUCUUUCGAAGAGGGCACUAGAUACGUCUACAUAUAUAUAGGAGGCUUCUCAUUCUCAUUGGUGAUGCUCCUUUUAUCGCUUGCCAUAUUUCUUCGCUUUAAACAGCUGCGAUGUGACCGGAUCAAAAUCCACGUGAAUCUGUUCCUGUCCUACCUGUUCACUGGUGUUUCCUGGAUCCUCUACUUUGUCCUCGUCACGCUUGACGGCAAGGUGCUCAUAGAAAACCCGCUCUGGUGCCGCAUGUUGCACGUGCUGUGUCAGUAUUUCCUCGUGUGCAACUUCCUGUGGAUGUUCUGCGAGGGGCUAUAUCUUAACACAAUUAUCAUGUGCGCCCUCACGGUCGGGCGGAAGUUGUUAAUCUUCUGCUACGUCAUAGGAUGGGAAGAAAGCAGUUACCAGUACAUCAUGUAUGGGCCCGUCAUUGCUUCGCUGAUAAUCAACGCCCUGUUUCUCGUCAAUAUUGUCCGUCUUCUACUCUCAAAGCUCAGGCGCCUGCCCGAUGCCACACAGACAAAAAAGGCGACUCGUGCCACACUAAUUCUUGUGCCUUUAUUGGGGCUCCAGUACGUGCUGAUCCCCUUCCGUCCACCGUCAGGGACCGUGAUUGAGGAGAUAUACCACGUGGCCGUGGCCCUUCUAACAUCGCUACAGGGUGCAUUCGUGUCGAUCAUGUAUUGCUUCUUGAAUGGAGAGGUAAUUUCCGUUAUGACCCGGAAGUAUAGACAACGCAAGUUAAUGCACAAGCGAAGUAGCAUUCGUUCUACCACUGGACAAAACGGCGGCUACACGACCGUAGAUCAAUUUCAAAUGCAGCAUCUGAACUGGAAACAUAAUUAUCAAAAGGUGGCUUUUGAGAUGGAAUGUACACUGUCGGACGGAGACAGGGUCCUACCUUCACAGUGAACGGUCAAUGAAAACGACACCCGUAGUAAAGCAAAGUGCCCUUUUAAAAGGAUAUCGAAUGAUAUCUGUUUUACAUUGGAGCAUGUGUCGUCAUCGUUCCUGAAUGAAGAACAUGUGCACUUAUUUCUGAAUUUGCGCGAGUCUUAAUGAAAACGUGCGCGUCUCACAACGAGAGCAUGGUUUAUUAUAAAAACGAGAACUAAAGUAUUGUCAGAAGCAUUUAAAGGCAUCUAAUAUUUGUGAAGAAUUGACACCUUACUAUACACGGAUGAGUGACGUUCGAUAUAAUAAUGUCUUUUUGAAUGUCUUUUCUAUAAUACUUUUUAAAGAAUCAAUAAAAGCACAUUGGUUCAUCAAUACGUUGACUCUUUGCUUGUGACGAGUUUCCGGUUGAUCGCUCGAUACAAACGCGGUUCUGUGUAUAAUGCGAGUCCAAUCAUGAAUAAUGGUAACGUUAAAAUGGAAUGAAUUGAGGAACACGAAUGUGGUUAUAUUCGAAUGAUUAUGUUGUUGUGAGA